GUAGAUUUUCUGCUGAACUACUUUCAUUUGUACUGAAUGAUCUCAUCCUCACUCGCCUCCAUAUAUAAACGGACGCUGAUCUUGUGUAGCGGGGGUUGGUUGAAUGCCAGUGCUCGCUCGGCGCCUGUCAUCUACCAUAUCUUCGCCGAGCCUGGCUCAGCCUGCCCAGCCAUCCGCCAAUUCCGCUGGUGUCACUUUUGCCUAAAAUCUACAGAGGACAUUCUCUCUGUCUUACCUGUCUUGACACGCCAACCAUGAAUUAUACAUUCAUCGAAUAGGCCCACAUUCCGCAUGUUGACUUGCUAAGAACCAACUGGUCAAGGUUCUUUGAAUCCCUUUCUGGCUGGGAUUGCCGAGAAUGUAUAUCCCUCGUCAACAUGGACGGCUUGUCGCCCGUCUCAACGAAACGGUUGGCGCAGACAACAAUAAGGAAGCUCGAAACGACACUGCACACAGGAAUAAUAUCUUUAUCAUCGUAAGUGCAUCUCCCGGAGGGUUUAGUGAUCGAGUUCGGUCUCGAUCUUUUUCUCCGACUUUGCUGACAAAGUCAUGUGGACAGUGUGCUGCGUGCAUCGUCUUCGU